AUGCACGCAACAACUAGGAGAGCUCCAAACGCACUAUCAGCGGUGUUACUAUCACAAAUCCUUCUAUUACUACCAGUGUUCUUUCUCGUGUCCACGCAAGAGACGUCGGCGGUGAAGGAUGGAGUGGAGUAUUCUCGGUUUCGCCUCUUGGAUAGACCCACGGGACACCACCUGCCCACGUACAUGGUGCAUCUGUAUCGGAAUUUCACCACUAAUUUUUCCAAACCUGUGGAUGCUAUUGAGAGGAGUGGAGCCAAGCGCGCGGAUACAGUGAAAAGUGUCGUGGCUAAAAGUCUGACGUACAGAGAAACUCGAUGGAUCGCCACUUUCGACCUCCGCACGCUGCUGUUGGACCGACAGAUCCAGGCGGCCGAGCUGCGGAUCCGACUGCCGCAGAACCACAGCGUCUCCAACGUCAGCGUGGACAUCUACCACCACCAGAUCUGCCCACCCCCCAACGCCUCCAGGCCCUGUCCGGAGCAGCUCCUCCUGGGCACCUUCAACCAAAGCGCCCUGGUCACCGGAUCCCAGAACUGGGAGGUCUACAACAUCACGUCGCCGCUUUUGAGCUGGCUGCAAAACCGGAAAGCGUUGAAAGUCAGAAGCAGGCGAAUUGUGAGAGGGAAGACCGUGGAGAAGUCGCAGAAAAUCUUAGCGGACGAAGUGAACGACAGGGCUUUGCUGGUUGUGUUUUCGCAGACGGAUUUGGACGGAAAGACGAAACCGAAAGCGAGCCUUCUCCACACGGCCGAACAGUCCAAAUUUCUCUCUCCGGCAGAAGUGAAGAAGGCGAAAAGGCACAAAAAGCGCAGAAGUAAACGUGGCCACACUGGGUUGAAGAAGCCUCUGUGUCGGAGGGUGGACCUGCAGGUGGACUUUAACCGGAUCGGAUGGGGGUCCUGGAUUGUGUUUCCCAAACGGUAUAAUGCCUUCAGAUGUGAGGGGGAGUGUCCGGGUCCUCUGGGGGGGUACCUGAACCCCACCAACCAUGCAUACAUGCAAAGUCUGUUUCAACACUUCCAGCCGGAGCGUGUGGCCUCUCCCUGCUGCGCUCCCACCAGGAUGAGUCCUCUGAGCAUGUUGUACUUUGAGAACGGGGAGAUGCUUCUGCGACAUCACGAGGACAUGAUCGUGGAAGAGUGCGGCUGUCAGUGA